GGGAGACAGAGGCAACAAUGAAUGAAAAAAAAUGAUUCAGAUCAACCUUAAUGUGCUAUUAUAUGAAGACAGUUUAUUUAUUUAUUUAUUCAUCAUUUAUUUGUAAUCGUUAUUUAACUAGGCAAGUCAGUUAAGAACACAUUCUUAUUUACAAUUACGGCCUACCCCGGGCAAACCCGGACGACGCUGGGCCAAUUGUGCGCUGCCCUAUGGGACUCCCAAUCACGGCCGGUUGUGAUACAGCCUGGACAAUAGUUAGAACCAGGGUGUCUGUGCUGACUCCUCUAGCACUGAGAUGCAGUGCCUCAGACCGCUCGGGAGCCCCGAGUUAAAGAAGGAAAUGUUUUAACUGGCACAGAAACACGAACGCAUAGACUCCAAGCGUCUACUUGGCAGACAGGGACGAAGAAGAAAGAGAAGAACGUGUGAUAAAGAAGAUGAUAAAUGAGCUCUGGUGGAGGUUUAGUGUACAGCUGAACCAUUCUGACAGAGAGUAGUACUCUGCAGACUUGUCUUAGUAAUGGAUGUGUACUUCAGGGAGGGGUGGAGGGAAUCAUCAAGAGAGGAGAGAAAGGGAGGAUGAGUUAUAAUCAGCGAGGAGGGAGAGAAGACAGGGAGGGGAAAGCAAGCGAUCUACAGCGUGUUUAGGAGAGAGAGAGGCUGAGUAAAGUUUCUUACCCGGUUACAACAUUUUCCUCGCGCACAGCUGAUCCUCAACACCAAUACAUUCACGAGCAUCGCUAGGAGGAACUCAAGGUGUGGUCAUCAUGUUGGGGGUGUGUCUGUCCGUCCUGUUGCUUCUCCCCCUGGCCACGUCCAUCCCCUCCCCCUCCAGACCUCCCGCAAGACUAUGCAGACGAUGCUGCGACCCCCUGCAGCCCCCAGAAUCCUCUGCUACACACCCUGCCCACCACGCCGCCGCCACGCCAGAGGUCCACACCUACAUCAACAUGACCAUACUCAAAGGUGAUAAAGGUGACAGAGGAGAUAAAGGCAUGCCAGGGAAAAAUGGUAAAGAAGGUCCCCAAGGUUACCGGGGUCCCAUGGGUCCUCAAGGGACUAAGGGCCAGGCGGGCGCCCCGGGAGAUGCCUGUAAGACACAGCACUCCUCCUUCUCUGUAGGGAGACGUAAAUCCCUCCACAGUAUAGACUACUACCAGGCCCUGGUGUUUGACACGGUGUUCGUCAACCUCUACGAGCACUUCAACAUGUUCAAAGGUAAAUUCUACUGCUUCGUCCCAGGUAUCUACUUCUUCAACGUGAACAUCCACACGUGGAACUUCAAGGAGACCUACCUCCACCUGAUGCACAACGAUAAGGAGCAGGUGAUCCUGUACGCCCAGCCCAGUGAGAGGUCCAUCAUGCAGAGUCAGAGUGUGAUGAUGGACCUGGCGCUGAACGACGAGGUCUGGGUCAGGCUCUACAAGAGGGAGAGGGAGAACGCCGUCUAUAGUGAUGACGUGGACGUCUAUAUUACCUUUAAUGGAUACCUGGUGGCGCCUAGUGUCCAGUGAU